GCGGGCUGCGGGCUGCGAUCCGCAGAUCUCUGACUUCGUCCGCAUCCAUGCUGCCUGCAGCGUCCGGCCAGGAGGGCGGGAGCCGGGACCCGCUGGCCCCCGGCCUGGAGCCCCCAGGAAAUGCAAAAGACAUCAUGAUAAUAUAUGAAGACGAUGCUAAGGAAUGGGCUGUGUACUUGAGAGAAGUAUUUUUCCAUGUUGUGAAAAGAGAAGCAAUCCUGUUAUAUUGCUUAGACAGUUUCUCUCUUCAGCAUUUGGAAUUGCUAAGCUUAAACUCUUACAAAUGUAAACUUUUGAUAUUAUCCAAUGACCUGCUUAAAGACCUAACUUCAAAGAAGCGUCAGUUUCUGGAAGAAGUUCUUGACUCACCAGAAAGUGUUGUUACUCUGCUUUGUGGAAUGAAGAGCUCAAGUCAGCUAUAUAAAUUAUUAAAUAUCUCUGGAAGCCCAUGGGAAAUCUCAACAGAGCAGGAGCCUGAAGACUACAUUUCUAUCAUCAAGCAAAUCAUAUUCAGAGAUUCUGAAGACUACCUUGAGGUCAACAUUCCAGCCGACGUAGGAGUCAUGCAUUCUGGGGAAAUAAGUCAGAGAAAGGAUGGAGAAAAUUCAUCAGAAACUUCAAGAAGCACCAUGCCACUGGCAGUAGUGCUCCCUGCUGAAAUUCCAUGUGAGAAUCCUGGUGAGAUAUUCAUUCUUUUGAGAGAUGAAGUAAUUGCUGAAACUGUGGAAGUUGAAUUUACAUCAAACAAUAUGCACAUUAGAGCACAGCCGGCUCUUUGGAAUAAGAAAGUCUGGUAUAUGAAAGCUUUAGGUUAUUUCAUUGGUAGCAGAACACCCGAAUACUGCAUAACUUCUACCAAACAGAAUGACAUCGAAGAGUUUGAUGGCAUUCUUACAUCCAUAUUCAAACAUGAGAUAUCAUAUUAUGAAUUCCAGUCUCUUCAAAAUGAAACUUGCCCUCAAAAAGAAUAUACUCAUGCCAAACAACUACCAACUAUUCUCCACUGUGCAGCAAAAUUUGGUUUAAAGAACCUGGCUAUUCAUUUGCUUCAAUGUUCAGGAGCAAUCUGGGCAUCUAAGAUGAAAAAUAUGGAUGGUUCAGACCCAGCACAGAUUGCUGAAAGGUGUGGUCACAAAGAACUCAAGAAAAUCUUCGAAGAUUUCUCAAUCCAAGAAAUGAGCAGAAAUAAUGAUCAAGAAAAUGACUAUGAAGAAGAUAUUUUCUCAUUUUCUGCAUAUUCUCCCUCCACGCAGUACCCAGCAUUGCAUCAUGAAAGCUGGAAGACCUACAGGCAGAGUACAGAUGGUGCCGAGGCAACUGAAGGGACCAGGGAGGAAGAGGAGCCUGAAUCAGGGGCCCAGGAGAGGCACAGCCCCUCAGAGGCUGGCAGUGCAAGUCCUGAGGACCAGUAUGAUGACUUGUAUGUGUUCAUUCCCGGAAAUGACCCAGAAAGUCAUUCACAAGAGCCACUCGUGUGCUGCAGACCACCUCUUCCCCCACCAAGACCUGUGUCUGCUGCCUUCCAACUGGAAAAACCUCACUUCACAUUGCAAACAGGGAGAACCGCGGAAGGACAAGUAGAAAGGAGUCAAAACUGGAGUUAUUCUAGUGCCAGACAAGAAAAGAGAGAUGAACCCAAAGUAGAAGAAGAAAAGAAAGAAGAUGAAAAUAAACAGGAGGAGGAAGACCCUUACACUUUUGCUGAGAUUGAUGACAAUGAAUAUGACCAGAUCCUGGCCAAUAUGAGUGUAAAGAAGAAAACCGGAAGUCGGUCCUUCAUUAUAAACAGACCUCCUGCCCCUACACCUCGACCCACAAAUGUACCUCAGAAGGAGGAAACAACACCUUACAUAGCUCAAGUGUUCCAACAAAAGGCAGCAAGAAGACAAUCUGAUGAUGAAAAGUUCCAUGGUCUUCCUAAGAAACCAGACAAAGCUCAGACGGAGAGUCCAGCCUUUUCUAUUGCGAGCGGCUAUCUGGCCUCUGGGCAGGAAGAGCUCAUUCUCCUGCAGGAGAAAGUCAAGAAAGGGAAAAUAUCUGUGGAUGAAGCUCUGGAGAAAUUUAAGCACUGGCAAAUGGAAAAGAGUGGCUUGGAAAUAAUUCAGCAGGAAAAACUACGUCAACUCCGAGAUAGCAUUAUUGGGAAAAGGCCAGAAGAAGAACAUUUCUAUGGUAAGUGA